CUUUCUUCUCUCUGGCUUGCUAGGUUACUGAAAGAUGGUGGAUCGCUUGGCAAAUAGCGAAGCUAACUCCAAGCGCAUUGCGGUCGUGGAGGGCUGCUUCGGUACAGCUGGACAACCGCUGGCCAUCCCAGGCCGUGUGCUUAUUGGGGAGGGUGUGCUCACCAAGCUGUGCCGCAAAAAGCCUAAGGCCCGCCAGUUUUUCCUCUUCAAUGACAUUUUGGUGUAUGGCAACAUCGUCAUCCAGAAAAAGAAGUACAACAAGCAGCACAUCAUCCCGCUGGAGAGUGUCACUAUCGAGACAGUGCCUGAUGAGGGAGAUCUGCGUAAUGGCUGGCUCAUCAAAACACCAACCAAGUCGUUUGCAGUGUACGCUGCCACAGCCACAGAGAAAACGGAGUGGAUGAACCACAUCACUAAGUGUGUGUCGGACCUGCUGGAGAAGAGCGGCAAAUCGCCCACGGGAGAGCACGCCGCUGUAUGGGUACCCGACUCAGAGGCAACAGUGUGCAUGCGAUGCCAAAAGGUGAAGUUCACGCCGGUCAGCAGGCGCCACCACUGCAGGAAGUGCGGCUUUGUCGUGUGUGGCCCUUGUUCUGAGAAGAAGUACCUGUUGCCCAGUCAGUCAUCCAAGCCUGUGCGUGUAUGCGAGUUCUGCUAUGAUCAGCUCUCCACGGGGGCGACUCUACCACCGCGCUCGAACUCAUACAGCCGCACUAAUAACAUCUCUGAGGACGAGGAUGAAGACGAUAGCAGUGACUGAGGAAAGGGAACCUUCGCUUUUGCUAUUUUAGGAUUAUUUUCAGUUCAGGUCCCAGUGAUUUAGUGUCUUGUUCCUCCUUAAAAGGUUUGAAAUUUGCAAAGAUUCUGUGAAGGUUUAUUGUGAUUUUACUUUUUAGUACAAUAUUAAUAAAAUGGCAUAAUUAAGUUACCUUGAAAGCAUAUACACCAUAUGCAUAAAGGUGAAUUGCAGAAUGAAUCAGGAUGAGUCCCUGCAUUCAUAAAAAAUAUUACUUGUGGGCUCACUUAGCCUUUUGCAUCUGUACGCACAGUAUAAAUUCUGUCCAAUCCCACUCAGUUUUGUAGAAAAUUCAGAUAAACCCUGUUCACUCCAGCAGGAAGGUUGUCCAGUCCCAUCUGUUAGUCACAAUUAGUUCAGCUUAUUUACAUCCUUGAUAUUUACAAUAUACAGCAACACUGACCAGGAUAAAGAAAGAAGGGUGGAUGGGUGGAGCCCAUUUUACACCAGAUAUGUAACCACACAUCACCCAGCAUCCAGUACAUUCCCAGAUUUACUGUAGUGUUCUUUGUCCCAUGAGUUUCAUAUCAAAAUGCCCACAAGACAGUAAGAAUUCUGCUCCAUUUCACACCUGUAAAUGGCUGUGUGAAGACAGUAAACCUACUUGCUAAUUUCAAA